AGCGAGCUGGAAAAUAAUGUACUCUUGAUCGACAAUCGGAAGUACGUUGGGCAUUUCGCUUCGUUGCGCGUUUUCAAGCUUCUCCGACCACCAACUCGGCGAUAACUUUGCCAAACGCGCGUCUUCUACUCCUACCGUGCUACUUAUCCGCUGAAAGAUCGAGUUUCAUCCGCUAGUUUAUAUUAACCGCACCGCGUAGUACGUGGCUCUGCCGUCGACUGCUGUGCUAACCUUACCUGCAGUCGGGAUAUUUCUUGCUCGAGCUCGUACGCACGUGGAUUGAAUCUCGUGCGCCGCUUGUCUCGUUAAAUUUGCCCGAUAAAUAAACAUUAAGCACUCGAUCGCUCUAUAUAUGAAGCGGAUAGUUAAUCAGACAUCAUGGCACUUUACAACUUCAAGAAAGUCGCUGUCGUUCCUACGGCAAAGGAUUUUAUCGACAUAACACUAUCAAAAGUGCAACGCAAGACACCAACUGUCAUCCACAAACAGUAUGCGAUCUCGCGCAUUCGUGCCUUUUACACGAGAAAAGUCAAGUUUGCACAGCAAACUUUUCAUGAUCGUUUGAGCCAAAUUAUUCAAGAAUUCCCAAAGCUCGACGAUGUACAUCCUUUUUAUGCCGACUUGAUGAAUGUUUUGUAUGACAAGGACCACUACAAACUGGCUUUAGGUCAAAUCAAUACAGCAAGACAUUUAAUCGACAGUGUGGCAAAGGAAUAUGUACGUCUGCUUAAAUAUGGAGAUUCUUUAUACAGAUGUAAACAGCUGAAAAAAGCUGCACUUGGUCGUAUGGCCACUAUUAUGAAACGUCAAGCAACAAAUUUAACAUAUUUAGAACAAGUUAGACAGCAUUUAGCCAGAUUACCAAGUAUUGACCCUUACACAAGAACUAUUAUCAUUUGUGGUUUUCCAAAUGUUGGAAAAAGUAGCUUCAUUAAUAAAAUUACCAGAGCCGACGUUGAAGUGCAGCCAUAUGCUUUCACUACAAAAUCAUUGUACGUCGGACACACGGAUUACAAAUACAUGACAUGGCAAGUGAUUGACACUCCUGGAAUUUUAGAUCAUCCCUUGGAAGAGAGAAACGUAAUUGAGAUGCAAGCUGUCACAGCUUUAGCUCAUUUGAGAGCUGCUGUGCUAUAUUUUUUUGAUAUUUCUGAGCAAUGUGGACAUUCUUUGGAUGAACAGAUGAGACUAUUUCAAUCUAUUAAACCUCUUUUCCAAAAUAAGCCUCUGAUUAUUGUAGUAAAUAAAGUCGAUGUUUUACGUUUGGAAAAUCUUCCUAUUGAAAAGAGGAAUAUUUUGAAAGAACUUGAAAAUGACGAAAAUAUUCCUGUUGUUGAGAUGAGCACAGUUACAGAUUUUGGAGUAAUGGACGUCAAAAUUCAAGCCUGUGAAAAACUUCUGGCUUUCAGAGUUGAUGCAAAAAUGAAAACAAAGAAGGUCGAGAACUUUCUUAAUCGCCUACAUAUUGCUCAACCAACACCAAGAGAUAAUAAAGCACGACCACCGUGUAUACCAGAAAGUGUUCUACAAAGGAGGAAAUUGGGAGCGGUUAAAGCCGAAAGAAAGAAAAAAUUGGAGCGUGAAAUUGAAGAAGAAAUGGGUGAUGAUUAUGUUUUGGAUCUCAAUAAAAACUUUGACAUUGAAGGUGAUCAGAAGUAUGAUAAAGCGCCAGAAUUUUGGGAGGGUCACAAUAUUGCAGAUUACAUUGAUCCUGAAAUAUUUGAAAAACUUAAUGCAUUGGAAAAAGAAGAGGAAACAAGAAUCGCAGCUGGAGCUUACGACUACAAGGUUCCGGAAUUAACAGAAACCAUGAAAGAAGUUCAAUUGCUUGCCAAACAAAUUCGUGAAAAGAAGAUUAUUAUGAAAGAUGAAUCUAGAGUAAAUAAACAGUCAACUAAACCAGUUAUUCCUAGAACAGCUACUGCAAGAUCCCGCGAUCGUUCGGUCACAAGUCUCAGAAAUCAAAUGAAAGAACUUGGUGUGGACAUGGAAGACACAGAAAAUGCACAUUUUGUCAGAACGAGAAAACGAAGCCGAUCGUUAUCGCUAACUGCCGAUCAUAAGAAGCAUUGCCAACGGUCGAUAUCACGAGCUCGAAGCUGUUUUAGGCAAACUAGAAACGAUUUGGGCGUUAAAGAUCCUAUUAUGAAGAGUAAACUUAAAAAUAUUGCACACAAGGCCAUUAAAAAGAAGGUAGCUAAGAAAGGUCUGAAAGGAGAAGCUGAUAGGUUUAUUGGCAACAAGAUGCCAAAACAUCUCUUUUCUGGCAAGCGAGGAACGGGAAAAACUGAUAGACGAUAAU